AUGAAUCGGCCACAGCCACUCCAGCUCAAUACCCAAGUGGGACAGAGCCAAAGAUACUCGUUCAUUGAGACUCCGCUGGAAAUGAAUGCCCGGACGCAGAAUUAUGAUUUAGAAAGUCCCCCUCCGAUGCCAGCGAACCCGCCGCCAGCCCAUGAACAAGAGCAGCCCACACCCGAGCAACCGAUCCAGCAACCUCAAGCAGCGGUACUAUACCAACAGUGCGAACAAGAGCCGCCUAUAGACGAAGGAAGCGUUUUCACCUACUCACGAUACCCGCAAUUUGACCAGCAUCCUGUUCAUUUCGCACCGCCUCAACCGCAGCAGCAGCCAGAUGUACAAUCACCACAAUAUGCAUACAGCCAGCCGCCUUAUUCGCCGGGGCCCCUACCAUCAAAAGUCAACCCUGAGAUUCCUCGAAGGGCAGAUACCUUCACCAUAACGCCCGAUGCGAACCCUCUACAAUCGCCACGAUCGCCCUUUUUCCCUCCUCCGCCCGCCUCAGCUCCAUCACAGACAGCAGCAAUAGAUGACUUGGCCACAUACCACCAGCCAGGGCAAAUAAUGCACCCAAAUCAGGAAGUAAUGGGAGGCGCAUGGCAUAACGGGUUGUGCGAAUGCUCGAAUAUCGGAACAUGCUGCCUGGGGCUGAUGUGCCCAUGUAUCCUUUAUGGUAAAACCCAACACCGUCUGGGCCUGAAGUCAAGAAAAGAGGACCCCACAAACAUGCUGGGAUAUGAAACGUGCAAUGGGUCAUGCACUGCGAUGGCUCUUCUAUGCGGCACACCCGGACGAGGAAAGCGUAUGGGAUCCAGGGGGGGUAUUGCUUCGGAUUGUGUGCGGGCAACUUGUUGCACGUGCUGCACGUUGAUUCAGGAUGAGAAGGAAUUCCAGGAGCGGGAGAAGCGGCGUGGGCGCGCUGCUCGUGAGCGUGGUACAGCUUUGCUCUCGCCGUACACAGCCCCGGGCCCGAUGGCGUAUUCGCCGCCGCCGAAGUGA